UCUCGAGCGCUGGAAUUUCCGAGUUGAAGCAACGGGGGCCGCAGCGGCCCCGCGGGCCCCGGGGGCCGCUCCUGGCGCUAGGGGUCGGGUCCCGGGUCCCGGCUGACCGUGGUUCUGCGUUUGCGCUGCGCUAAACGUUUUACUGUAUACCGCCAACUAUCCUGGACGGUAGGGACUGUUAAUGCGUCCGUUCCACGGAGUGGGUAUAUCGGGGCUCCGAGCUGCGAGGGGAUUCGGACUCAAUUCUGACGCCCCAGCGCAUGCCGGCCUCUUUAACCGAGUGGAGGGUCCCUCGCUUCGAUGGGGGCCCAGAAAUCCCUUCGGGGCGUUCUCUAUCAAGGGCGCCCCUCCCCAAGGAACAUGUCCCUGCCCAGCCGACAGAUUUCCCGAGAAGCCGCAGGAGCAAGCCCGGGCACAUUCUGGCGUCCGCGAAACCUGGGGGUGAGAACUAGCGGCGUCAUCACGUCCGGGGCCCUGCAUCCCCCCUCUGAUGGGUGCUUCCACCCCCGCGGCCUCGCUUCCCCUUUCGGCCUCCGCAGCGGGGACAUCUUCACGGCUUCCAGAAAAAGGAAGGAAGCCGCGUGGUCCUGACGCGCCGAGUCCCCCGCUGCCGUUCCCAGGCUCCUAGGGGAAACUGAGGCCGCAAACCUUGAAUGGAAAGGGGGCGCUCGGACCCUUCCCUUCCUCAGAGAAACAGCUCCCCGGUCCCCAAGUGGGGCGGGGAGAAGAGAUGGUUAAAUUCCAAGUGGUAGGCGCGGCAGCUGAAACUUGAGCGCUGGGUGCCCGCGCUGACUACGUGCGGGGAGGUUUGCACCCGCUAAUUCCGUCAGGGCCGGGCGGGGCGAGCGUCGUCUCUGGACCGCCUGCACGCCCCCCCCCCACGCCAAGGCCUCGCCUGCGCGUGUGACCCCAAGACUUGGCAUCUGCCACGACGAGGCUAGGGACCCUGGGGUCUCCCAGCGCCAGUCCGCGCCGCCCAAGGCUUCCUGUUGUGGGGCGCGCGCCGCGUCGCCAUGGAGACCUCCGAAGGGCCAGGGAGGUCGCUCAGCAGAAGGGGAAGGGAGGGGGCCCCCGGGGACGUUCGGGCCCUUCCUCCGGAGAAUGGGCCUGAUGGGCCUGAGAGUCACUCAUCAGCCAGAAACGCGUCCCUUCCCCCGCCCCGAUCAUUCCUAAGGAAUUUCCACGGGGAUCUUUCUACGCGGGGUGUGGUGGGUGCUGAAUUCCCGCCCAGAACUGCCUGGCCAAAGGGGCAGAGUGAGAACGCGGACGCGCUGCGCCUCGAAGGGCCUGGGAAAAUCCCGGGCGGGGGGGAGUAUUUUCCGGCGGAUUUUCCUUUUUUUUUUUUUUUAAGAUUUUAUUUAUUUGAGAGCCAGAAAGAUUUUAUUUAUUUAUUUGAGAGCGCGCGAGAGAGCGCGAGCACGAGCAGGGAGAGGGAGAAGCAGACUCCCCGCCGAUCGAGGAGCUCGAUCCUACGACCCCAAGAUCACGACCCAACUGGAAGGCAGACGCUCUACCUACCGAGCCACUCAGGUGCCCCCGGCUGUUUUUUCUCGGGCUCUCCACGCUGGAUGAUAUUCCCUUGUAUGCAGAUAGGACAUCUCUUGGAUCCGUCCGUCCGUCAAGGGACAUCUGGGCUGUUUCUUCCUUUUGGCCGCGGUGAGUCAUGCCUGCUCUGCACAUUCGUGCACGGAAGUUGCCAGAUUCAGCCCAAGUCCUGGGUCUCCUGCCUUGAAUGGCUGACUGCGAAGUGCCUUCCCUCUCUGGGCUCUGUCUGGGUCAGUCCUUGUCCCAAGCGGGUGGGAGAAGGACUUGUGGGUAGCAACGGCUCCCCUGAAGAAGUGUCUUUGCUCAUCUCUCUCUUUUUAAAAGGGCUUAUUAUAGAGAAUUUCGAACACAGACCGCACAGAGGAUACACGAUGAAGACACACAUGCUAGUUUCCACGGUUCUCGUGGCUGAUCUCGUUCCUUCUCUCCUCUUACACCGUCAUGGGAUCAACUGGUCCCCCCGCCCCCAGCAAGAAAAAAAUAAAAGUGCUAACCCCCCAGCCCUGCGAAUGAGUAAGAUGAGGUUAUUGGAGCAGGUGGGGGAGGCGGCUAACCCACCAUGACCGGUGUCCUUAUGGAAAAGGGAAAUCUGGACACAGGCAUGUACACGGGGACGUUGCCAUUCGAAGAUGGGGGCAUACCUUGGGGUGACCACAAGCCCAGUAAUGCCAAGGAUUGCUAGCAAACCACCAGAAGCCAGGGGAGAGGGAUGGGACGGAGUCUCCCUCGAAGCUUUAGAAGGAACCAACCCUGCCAACACCUUGAUCCUGAGUUCUAGCUUCUUGGACCAUGAGACGAUACACUUCCGUUUUUCAGCCACCCAGGCUGCUGUACUUGGUUGAAUCAGCCCUAGGAAACUCAUACACACACUGCCCCGCCCCCUGAUUUUGGAAAGCACAUUCUAGUUAUCAGAUUAUCUUUUUCUUUUCUUUAAGAUUU